AUGUACCUCCUGUUUUUCUGUAAGCAGAGUUGGCUGCGCCAGCACACAAUUGAAUCUGGCGUCUGGGAAGUGAAGAUACAGCGGAGGGCUCUCCCAACCACGCAGAAUGCCAACGUUGAUUUAUUAACUUCAACAGAAGUGCCCAAAGCUCGCGUUAUCUAUCAAAAUGAUGGCUCUUUUGACUUUAGUACCAUGCCGCUCUUCAUUCCGACGAUGACAAACGAGGAGCCUACACCGUCAAAUGGCAUCGAUUUUGGCGUCAUUGCUCAAUUAUCUCCUAACGAAGAAAAUUUCAAUACAUCUAAUGGAAUUGACAACAAUAUUACGGGCAACAUUGAAGCCGUGGAGGCGAGCCUCCGGUUAAAAGACGUCACAUUUCUAGUGGGGUCACAAAGCUGUCCAAACCUGAUUUUAUCUCUCUACUGCAAUGGCCACUUGGAUGAGGAUACAGAAUACAGGUUUGACCAGAAUACAUUCAACGUUUCUCCUUACUCCUAA